AUGUCCAUUGACCGAAACAUUGCAGAGGACACCUGCGACAAAAACCGCUUCUGCUUCGACAAUCAUGGUUCCGAAUCCGUGACGAGCUCACCUGCCGGUGGCCGCGAUGGCCACCCAGGAAUAUCAACAAGUGACCAAGAGAAGCAGGUCAAUGCCGACGGCAACGAUCGCAAUGCCUCGUUCGUAUCUCCGCAGAGCCUUGAUUCAUCGCCGACAGAGUUCGAAGCCAGCCUCUCGUUUCCCGAUGGCGGAUUCCAGGCAUGGCUAGUUGUGUUUGGUUCGUUUUGUGCACAGGGAGCUGUGUUUGGACUAAUCAAUACGGCUGCCGUCUUUGAGUCGUACUUCAAGGCGCACCAACUCAAAGACUACAACAACUCGCAGAUUGGCUGGAUAUUCAGCCUCUACCUUUUUCUUGUCUUUUUUGUCGGCGUUCAGGUUGGACCUGUAUUCGACCGACAUGGAGCAAGGUUGCUGCUGGCUGGAGGGAGCUUUUGCGUCGUCACAAGCCUGAUGCUCCUGAGUAUCUCGAAGACGUAUUACCAAAUCAUUCUGACUUACUCGGUUCUCGGCGGGUUGGGUGGCGCAAUGAUCAAUGCUCCUGCAUACGGAGCCAUUGCGCACUUCUUUGAUGUCCGUCGUGGACUUGCAACGGGAGUUGCCACAACAGCGGGCGGCGUAGGCGGAAUUGUGUUUCCAUUGCUUCUUCAAUUCUUGCUGGGCGACAAGGGCGUAGGGUUCGGCUGGAGCUGUCGCAUCAUGGGCUUCAUUCUCCUCGGACUCUGCACUCUUGCGAAUCUCUUGAUCCGCACGCGUCUGCCGCCUCUUGUCGUCGCAACUGAAGGACAGGUUAACAAAAAGAAAGGUUCCGUGUGGCCAGACUUUACCAUUUUUCGGGACAAGAGAUUUGCCUUGUCAGCGCUGGGCAUCUUUUUCAUGGAAUUUGGACUCUUUGUGCCGCUGACAUACAUCGUAUCAUAUGCGACGGCACAUGGCUUGAGCACUUCUGACAGUUUCAUGGUCCUGUCUCUCUUGAAUGCGGGUUCAGUCUUUGGUCGAUUUCUGCCAGGUCUCCUCGCAGACAAGAUUGGGCGCUUCAACGUCAUCAUAUUAACAAUCAUGCUUUGCGUUGCCACCGUUCUCGGGUUAUGGCUGCCCUCUGGCUUUUCGAAAGCAACAAUCAUUGCCUUCUGCGUGACCUUCGGGUUCGCGAGUGGUAGCAACCUCGGACUUGUUCCUGUAUGUCUGGGUCAGUUUUGUGCGCCGCAAGACUAUGGACGCUACUAUUCUACUGCUCAGAUGCUUGCCAGUUUCGGGACUUUAACUAGUGUUCCAAUCGGUGGCGCCUUGCUUGGUAAUGGCGAGGGAAGCACAGACUGGUUGGGGCUUAUCCUGUUCUCUGGCUUUUCGUAUGCGGUAGCACUAGCUUGCUAUACGUCUGCUCGGGUUCUUGCUGUUGGAUGGCACCCAAUGGCAAAGUUUUGA